AUGGUGAUCUUCUGGCUGGCUAGUUUCUGCCUAACUCUCUGCCUCGCAUUACCGGGUCUUCAACUGGACACCGACAUAUCUCAAUUCCAUGAGUCCGUUAUCAUAAACCGUGACGUCUGCGUCAUCGGCGGCGGAGCAUCAGGCACCUAUGCCGCGGUCCGCCUUAGACAGAUGGGCCACAGUGUCGCCGUGGUUGAGAAGGAGCCUGUUCUCGGUGGUCAUACAAAUACCUACUUCGACCCCGUCAGCGGCCGAUAUGUUGAUUACGGUGUCCUCGUCUUUCAGGACAUCCCCGAGGUGAGAAGCUAUUUUGAGCAUUUCAACAUCUCCACCACAAUCCAGGUGUUUGAUAGACUUGGCCCGGGUCAACGCGUGGAUAUUCGAACCGGGGAGCGAGUGCCACCGCCGGCGGGCAAUGUUACUGCGGCCAUAAUUCGGUAUACUGAGCAAUUGGCUAAGUAUCCCUAUCUGUCUGACGGAUGGGACCUCCCGAACCCUGUGCCCGAGGAUCUGCUGAUGCCGUUUGGGAAGUUCAUAGAGAAGUAUGACCUCGGACCAGCGGUGGAGAUCCUCACGCUGUAUAUCCAGGGUUUGGGUGACUGGCUGCAGUAUCCCACCGUGUACAUGAUGAAGUACUUUAGUCUGGCUGUGGUCAAUGGCUCGCAGAACGGGUUCCUGGUGACAGUGAACCGGAACAAUGGAGCGCUGUACCAGGCUGCGACUAAAGAGCUUGGAAGCGAUGCGUUAUUGAGCAGUACGGUGCUCGCCAUGGAUCGACCGCAGAAUCGUCCACACACUAUUCUUGUCCGAACCCCAUCGGGAAUUAAACUGAUCAGAGCAAAGAAGACGAUCAUUACAAUUCCACCCAAAGUGAACAUCCUGCGGAAUUUCAACCUGGAUACUGAGGAGCGAAGCCUAUUCGAGCAGUUCAGGAAUACCUAUUACUACACCACCGUAACCAAGGUAUCUGGGCUCCCAGCUGGACUGCAAAUCAUAAACCGUGCUGCAGAUACUCCAUAUAACCUCCCUCCCUUGCCGGCAGUGUACUUGAUGUCGCCAACCGUCGCCCCAGAUCUCUAUUCGAUCUAUUACGGAGGACCCCAGAACGAACCCGACGAUCAAGUAAAACGACGAGUCCGAGACUCCGUACGAAUACUGCGUAAAGCGGGAUUCAAUACCUCCGAGCCCGAGAUACUCGCUUUUUCCAAUCACAGUCCAUUCGAACUGUUUGUGUCUGCGGAGCAGAUUGCAGACGGCUUCUAUCGAGAUCUGGAUGGGCUCCAGGGCCAUCGCAGCACGUAUUAUGCUGGAGCUGCGUUUCAUACUCAUGAUUCUUCGGCCUUAUGGAGGUUUGUGGAUGGCCUACUGAGGAGAAUGUAUCCUUGA